AUGCCUCAACAACCAAAUGAGCACGGGAAAAGCCUAUACGAUUUUGCUCUUGUGUGUAAGCGGUGGUCUGUCGCAUCAAAUGCAAUUCGAUUUCAAAGAAUCCGCCUUACUAUUAAAAGUCAUGCGAAACUGAGUGAAGAUCUGGAUCACUGGAAUAAUGUACUGCAUAGUGCAUCCAGUUUCAGAUCCAUCCGUCGACUCGAGAUUGAAGGCGAGCUUCCUGCUGAGGGGAGUAUGUGGGUCGUGAAUCGUCGAGAACGACCGAAGAAUUGUAUGGUUGACAGAGACGAUGAGCUUGAAAGCAUGCAAUAUACUGAUUACAGAACCCUUUCCGAGCUCCCAGAGGUCACCAUGGAGCUUGAUAAGUACUGGAGGCCCUUGGCUCAUUUUGUGGUUCAACUUCGAGCUCUCCAGGACCUCAUCUUCAACUGCACUAACCAAUUUCCACCAUGUUUGCUGGAUGUAUUACAUCAGAUUAUACCCAACUGCAGACUUCAUCUCCAUAGUUUUGGACUUAGAAACCUUUAUUCUUACAAGGGAUGGCAGCGGGACCUCGACCAAUACGAGUACGCCCUCGCUACGUCCCCAUCUUUGUACUGCAUUACUUUGCUCUAUGAAGGGGGCGAUCCAGACAGACUGAUUAACUAUCAUGAUCUAGCCAUUGCUAGAAUGAGUGAAGGGCUGGCCCCAAACCUUAGACAUAUACGAGUGAUCGUACACUCACUUUCAAAGAUCACGUACAACCGGCGCACUGAACAGCGGCCAAAACGAGACAUUUUCCCCAGUAAUACCCCAAAUCCCGAUAGCUAUGGCGAACUUCAUACCAUAAAAUUCAGUGGCAUUUUAUUUGGAGGGCUUCAACAAUGGAACGAACAUAUUGCCUUCUCAGCACUGAAGGAGCUUAUCCUGGACACUAUGAUGGACCCGUAUAGCUUAAGAGAGGCGAGUACCUACAACUUUCGCUCUCUGAAAACCCUCUUUCUACGCCUGGAUAGCGACAACCUUGAUGAAAACGCAUUCUUAGAUGGAGCGGCGUGUGUCUUUCUUCAAAGUUUGCCUCCAUUAAACGUCCUUAAGUUAACGGGAAACUUUAGCCAUGAGACGUUUAAAGCCAUAAUAGGUCACCACAGGUCACUGCAACGAAUUUGGCUCUCACCCCAGAGGAAAAGCCACCUGGCUAGCUUUGGCUUAGAUUUCACACUAUCGCUUGAUAGAAUUCGAGAGCUGACGUCGCAAUGUUUACAAUUAAGAACAGUAUCGCUUCUCAUACCAAGAACUCUUGGCGAUUCGCAAGAAGUGAACAUAUACCGGGCUCUCGGUUCGCUUCCUAGAUUGAAGGACCUAUCCCUAUACCUUGACUGUUUCUGCCACACGGAACCAUACAUGGGCGCCGCAAUCUCAAAUGACAAACCUGAAAAUUUUGCGGUGAUAAAGAAUAUAUUAAUGAACGCCGCUCUUGAUGAGACACUUGCUCGAGCUAUUUUUCAGGAAGUCUACCAGACUCAAUCUACGCUAGGCGUGCCAGUUUUGCAACGCCUAAGAGUGCAGGCUGUUGGGGUUCGCCUCGGAGAGUCCACCCCCGAGGAUCUACGCAACAUCCUUGAUGUGACCAGUUGUGGCUGGGCAAUUAUCAUGAACCCGACUCACAGAGAUGGUUGUCGUGAGAUCACUGCACAACAACACCGCCCACGACAUAUAACAGGUGCAUUAAACCCAAAGUUUAUAAUAUACCAAAAGGCAUUUCGUAGCGUGUGGCCAGCGAAGUCUGGUACAUGGCAGACCGACUGGCACAGCCUUCCUCUCGCCACGGAUGAAAAUAUGGCGACUUGA